AUGAGGAUCCAAGGUUCCAGCAGACCGUCCGCCGCGUCAUGUAACCGGAAGAUCGGCAGGACCAGUGCGCUAGUCAAUGCCGUCAGGAGAAGCAGUGGGUUCAGCGUCGGUGCGCCGUUGUCCACCCGUUCAACGGCCUCCCCGCUCGCUACUGGCAGCACCAGUAGCCUGCUAGGCAUACGCACCGCGCCGGACGAAGGAAGCGGCGCAACAACGCUUUCUACAAUGGUUGCCGCCGCCGCCGCCGCCGCUGCGGCGUUGCUUUGCGCGCAGCAGGAGCUGCAGCCGCGGUGGGAGGAGGAUGGUGUGUGUCUGUGUAAGGGCAAGGCUAGCGCUGCGGACAGCCUCGAGGACUACGCCAGGAGGCUGCAGAGGCUGCGCUCGCUGCGGGACAUCUUCGAAGAGUACGCCACGGUUAACGCGGACGACGUGGGGAAGCUCAUGACUUGCGGGGACUUUCUCAGGGCGAUGCUGUGCUACAAGUACGUUCGAGUGGACGCCAAGGAGCUGAAGCGCCGCUGCGCCCGUUACAUUAACCCUCUCCUUGGUGACGACCACGGCCUCAUCUCCUUCGACGAGGGACGCAUGGAUCGCUGGCGCCAGUGA